CGCCAAAGCGCGACUUCUACCCUGUUCCUAGUGAAUCGUGAGACACUCAGGAAAGAAUCCUCUUAUUUCCGAAAUAUGCUGGAUGGUGACUGGGCUGAAAGGGGCCAGGAUACAAUAGUCCUGGAAGAAGAAAACGGCCUUGCCGUAGAACGCUUCUUAGCUAUAGCCCAUGGCGCGCAGCAGUUCUUACCAGCCUACAUACAGCCAGCGGAAUGCUUCCCAUUCGCGGUACAUGUCGAUAAGAUAGACGGCGCGGAUAAAGUUUCGGCAAUAGCAUCAGCCGAGAUACAGAGUGCGUUGAUUCAUCCGAGAGCAGAAGACCUCGUUCCCCUCGUCCCCGGGAAUAUACGACUGAAUCUCCCCACCGAAGCCUUUCGAGUCGCGCAAGAACUGGCGCGAAGAAGUACCGCCUCGCUUAGGAUCAGCGGCGACGCCACCGAUGUUUGCCCUGUUGGCCUAAUAGACUCCGUAAAUGCAGUUCAUUUCCAAGGAAAGAACCGCUGCCAAGUGGCUGUCGCCAAUGCGACCAAAACUAUGAAAGCGUGUAAAGGCAUCACAUCGGCCGCAUUCUUUUGGUUCACUCACAAGUGUGAGCCUCUGACCCGUGCGCAUGCGACUGGUGCGCAUCGUUGCUCGCCCCAAGUACGGCUGUAUCAUUUUUUGGACGUAAUAGUCAGCAGUACCUGGUCGAAUUUUGUUGUGGUAUCUCACUGUGCGGGUUCCUGCCGCUUAUGUCUCUUUGAUAAGUCUAUACGCACUUGA